AAUCAAAACACAACUUUUUUCCGACAAAUUUGCACUUUUUUCAUCAUUUUUGGAGGAAAUUUACGAUGAGUCUCUUGCUGAAACACAUUUCGCGUCACUGCCAAAAGGUCCAUCGUGUUCGUCAUCCAAUAUUCCGACGUUGUCUCGCCUCUCAAGCAAGUGAAAAAGCCGAAGUUGAGAAAAAAGAUGAAAAAUUGGAACUAGAUUUCCGUAAAUUUGACUUGCAAGCACGAAUUGUGAAGAAACAACCAGCUUUGCCGCCUCUCAUUAAGGAAAUGUUCUUGGGUCGCAUCGAUGAAAAAUAUUUCCCGUACUUGGAGGUCAUCAAAAAGGAGCAUGUCGACAAGUAUUUUGCCGAAAGACAACAAAAAACUGCGGAAUUUUUGUCACAAACUGCAGAUCCAAAGAAUUGUCUCAGUAAUUUGCGGUCCAGCGAUUGUUUGGGGUACAGUAUCCCCAAGGAAUUCAACGGAAACGGAUACGAAUUGACCGAAACAACGUUAGAAGCUGAGUUGGAAAGUUGCAAUUUUGCUGCCAGUUCAAUUCUUAACCAACAUCGAUUGGUAGUUCAAGCCAUUGUUGAUUUCGGAUCUGACGAACAAAAAGCAAAAUAUCUCCCGAAACUCGCAAAUGGCGAAUUAAUCGGCACAGUUGCUGUUUUUGAGCGUGAAAUUUGCGAAGAUCGUCCUUUCCAUACGCUCGCGACACUCACAAAUGACAACAAUUUCGAGCUAAAUGGCGAAAAGGACUUUGUUAUUAACGGCGAAAAGGCGAAUUUGUUCCUCGUUGUUGCCAGUUCGAUGAAGAGGAUUCACAUAAAGAAGGAAAUUCCGGGCGUUUCGGCAUUUUUGGUCGAAGCGAAUGAUCCUGGAGUAGUAAGAGGAAAGAAAAUUGACACUUUGGGAUGUGAAGAAGUCGAAAAAUGUACACUUACCUUCGGAAAAGUGCCCCUUGGAGCGAAUCGGGUGAUCGGAAAUAUAAAUGAAGUAGAUGUUGUAGCGAAAAAAUUGAUUCAAAUGAUUCGGUUGCAAGCAACGACGAUGGCGAGUCAAGUGAUGAAACGAACAAUCAAUCAUUUUACGAGAUAUUGUAUCGAAACGAAGAUUACCAAUGGAUAUCCAAAAGAUUUGGAAAUCACAAGUGUUCGUUUGGGUCGAAUGGCAGCCAAAGCAUAUGCUCUCGACAGCAUGAUUUACUUCACAACGCAACUUGCUGACGCUUACGAGUCUCAAGACAUCGAUCUGGAAAUCGCAGCAACAAAAUUAUUCGCCAUGCAAAGUCUCAUCGACAUGACAUCGCUUCCCUUCCACACAAUUGGUCAAAAAGCGACGUUAACUGAUGAAAUUACCGCAAAAAACGCUCGUGACGCGUUGCAACUUCUCUCGCAAGGCGACACCAUGGACAUGAUCAAAAUGUAUCUCGGAUUGCAGGCGAUUCAGUACGCGGCACAAGAUCUUCAGGACGUCGUAUCGGAAAAUCGAAAUCCAACAGAUCAUCCGCAAAAAACUUUCUUCAAAGGUCUCUUCGAAAGCGGAUCUCCCCUUGACAGAAUUAAAAUUACGAUGCAUUUUGAUCAUAAUUUGCAUCCGUCGCUCAAGGCAGCUGGCGAAAUGCUCGAAGUCGCCAUGAAACGGGUUAAUAUCGCGAUGGAAGAGGCUUUGACGCGACACGGGCAAGAAAUUGUGCUCGCACACACGGAAAUCGAGAGACUUUCGAGAUGCGCGACUUUGUUGUAUGCCGUGCUGGCGACCAUUUCGAGAGCUUCGAGGUCUUAUUGCAUCGGCGUGAGAUAUUGCGAUGACGAGAUAAUGCUGGCACACACAUUUACGAUGGAAGUUUUCGACGAAAUUAAGAUUUUGACGGAGCAAAUUGUUGACAAUGCGUAUACGACGCAUGAUAAGAACCAUAAGAGGAUUGCCCAGCAACUUUAUGACUCGAAGAGGUAUUUCUUUGAGCAUCCGUUGUUGAGAGUUUUUUAAUGUAGGUAGUUGAGGAAAGUGCUAAUAAAUGAGAAAUAUUAAAAAAAAAUAUAUUAAUAAAU